AUGUCUGAAUCAGGUGGCUUACUUGGCAGCAAUAGGAAAAUUGAAAGAGCAAGUGGACUUCAUUAUGUCAAGGGUGAAUCACAUCAAUAACUGACUGAACCCCUCUGGCCUAAUAUAACUAAAAAUCAAUUAAAAUACAUUAGACUGGCUCUUGCUGUAGUUGAUACUCUGACUGGAAUAUAUGACGCUGGAAUUACAGGAUGGAAACCUUUCCUCUGGUACUACUCAGAUUGGGCUCUUACAUUCACAUUAAUAACCUAAUGGUCCUUGUUCAUAGUGCAUUUCUUCCCAUUCAAUGCUAAGCUUAAUAAUGCAGUACAUACAAUGUACUAAAUUAAUCUUCCAAUGGAGGUAGCAAUCACUUUGCUAUAUUGGAAAUUUUUCUAUUCUCAUGGAUCAAUGCAUAUCAAUGACAUUAACACAUACGCUCAUCCUGUUUUUCUAUACAUAGUGCCGGCCCUAUUUUUAAUGAUAGAGUAUAGUUUGAAUCAAAUUAUGUUUGACUACAAAAAGAUCAUUCAUCUCAUGAUUUUAUAUUUCAUUUACAUGCCGUUUACAUAUCUAGGCAAAUUCGUGCUAGGUUAUUUCCCUUAUCCAUUCAUUAAUUGGUCCACUUGGUAUUCAUAUGCAGUCCUGAUUGCACUAGCUAUUAUGUAACUACUAGCUUUCUUCGGAUUGGCUUUUCUUAGUAAUUAUCUAAAGAGCAGAUAUUUGAUGAAGAAUAUGGAAUAACAAUCAAUAUAUAAUCUAGACAGGGGAGCGAGAGCGGCAGAUUAUGAAGUUUAAAUGAAUGACAUGCGAAACAAUCCUAAUUAGUAGUUCAAGAGGUUAGAUACACCAAAGCGAUGA